UCUCAUCAGCAAAAUCCAUGGAAAAGCUACUUUCAAGCUGGUCUUCCACCGUUAAAUCCUUGCCAGAAAGUUACGUUUUCCCUGUCGAUUCAAGGCCGGGAGAUACGACCGUGCCUUUCUGCAACACUCUUCCCGUGGUUGACCUUGCUCGUGAUCGACAUGAUGCUGUUCAACAAAUUCUUAGAGCUUGUCAAGACUAUGGUUUAUUUCAGGUGAUCAAUCAUGGAGUUGAUAACGGCUUAUUGCAUGACACUAUGAGUGUCGUGCAAGAGUUCUUUGACUUGCCGAAUGAGGACAAGGCAAGUGUUUACUCCGAAGAUCCGAGUAAUAAGUGUAGGCUGUACACAAGCACCUACGAUUAUAAAAAUGAAAAGGUUCACUUAUGGCGAGAUAAUUUACGACACCAUUGUUGCCCGAUUGACGACUUCAUUUACUUGUGGCCUCAAAAACCCACGAGAUAUCGAGAUGUUGUCGGGGAAUAUUCACUUCGAGUGGGUAACUUGUCAGCGAGAAUACUGGAUCUAAUACGUGAAGGACUUGGGCUUGGGCCUGGGUUUUUUGGAGAUGAGCUUACUGGGGUCCAUUUGUUUUCAGCCAAUCACUACCCACCAUGCCCCAACCCAAGUUUGGCAUUGGGCUUACCUAAACACUGUGAUGCUAAUCUCAUCACUUUUCUUCUUCAAGAUGAAAUAUAUGGGCUUCAAGUGUAUAGAAAUGGAGAAUGGCUUGGUGUUCAGCCCAUUCAUAAUGCCUUUGUUGUUAUUCUUGGUCACCAAGCCCAGGUACUUACGUUUAUCAACUUUUAACUAGAA